UUUGACAUUUAAAUCUCCAUCGAAGUCGAUUGUUUUGUAUUUGAUAUUUUUGUGUGUAAAAGUCCCCCGAGAAGCGCAUCAAAAUUAGUAUUUUAAUCCGAAAGUCGUAUCCGAAGCAAGACAUGUCGGAAGGAAAACACGAAGGCACAACGCCAUCGAAAAAGACUCCGACAAAAACGUCGAGCAAAACAACUCCUCCAAAGGCGGCAAAAACUGCGGGAAAACAAACUUCCAACAACACAUCCAAAGAUCUCAACCAACUUCCGCUUGCACGCAUUCGAACAAUCAUGAAAUCCGCUCCGGAUGCCGAUAUGAUAAGUCAAGAAGCUCUCAUGAUGGUUUGUCGGGCAAGCGAAAUGUUCAUACAACAAAUGACGAAAGAGAGUCACAAGAAAAGUCAAAAACCGAAUUUGUUAGAGUACAAAGACUUGGCAGCUGUCGUUGCUUCCAACGAAAAACUCGAAUUUCUCGCGUCAAUCAUUCCGAAGAAAAUUACCGUGCGAGAAUUCAAAAAAAGACUUGCGGAAGAAUCUUCAAGCGACGAAGGAUCUGUUGAAAAUAGCGAAGAAAGUGAAUCUGAAGAGGAAUCUGAAGAAGAAGAAUCAGCAGAAGAAGAAGAAUCAGGCGAAGAAGAAACCACAAAAAUCGACAAAAAUGGCACAAUCGAAUUGAGUUCAGAUGAUGAGAAAUGAAGGAGAUUUUUUUUAGUUAAUAAAUUUUUUACCGAA